GCCGAAAAGCCAACGAUUGUCCAUUUCAAAGGUUCUCAAAUAUCAUCCAUUCAUAUUGUCAUCUAUUAUUAACCCCACCCAUCUGUAUCCUUUCGGAGAGCCACAGAAACAAUGAUGAGUGACUACUCGGACUUUUCAUCGCCCGGAGAAGAGGAGGAUCUAGCCUACAACACCAAGGGACUAUUUGGCGACCUCGACUUCCUCCCUUCGCUGGUAACAAGAUCAUCCCUACCCAAAUCAUCCACUCCGCUCAAAAAGAUACCGCAAAGCUUCCGUUCCAGGUCCAAGCGAUCACCCCCAUCGUCUGAUGACGAGCUUCACGCUUCCCCAAUCCACUCUAACAAAAAACCAACCCGCUCGAACAAGGUGAAGCCACUAUUUGGACUUUCAGCCAAAACAUUUAACGGUGAAGCUGAUGAUCCGCUUCUCGAUUCGAUUAGCAACAUGUUCAAACAUCCUUUAACACAGAAAUAUAACUUUGAUACAAACCUAGCCCACACGCUAGCCCAAGACGAACUUUUAACAGCCAAACUCGAAAAGGAUAGGAGCGAGAGCCAAGCAAAGCUCCUUCGAGCCCAAGGGUUAAAAGCCAUUAUCUCCGACACUGUUCACGAAGGCGUAAAGCAGGAUAAGCAGUGGAACCUAUUCGCUGAUAAUCUCUUUUUCCAACUAGAUGAAGCCGACGCUAAGGAGAAAGCCGGCGAAUAUAGCGCUAGAAUGCUCAAGGAUGUAUAUCUAUUCAACGCUUCCCCCACUGAUGAGGUGAAUCAUGCGUUAGAGAAGUUGCGAAGCAUCGAGUCGCUCUACGGGGAAGACCAGGAAAGAGCGGAGCAAGAUCGAAAGUGCGGGUUCUACAUGUCCCGCAAGAACUUUCCCACCCCUAAACAACCGCCACAAUUGAAUGGGUCAUUUCAUGCCAGUUUGAGAUUUCUCUGGGGAUCAUUGAUUUGCGAUGAGCCCAAAAUCUUGGAAGGAUACCGUCACUGUUUCCUAGCAUAUAAAGACCAUGUUAGCCCGGAAAAUGUGCCUUUGAACCCAAAGCCAGACUUUAUUUUGAAGUUUAUGAAACUUUUGGGAUGCAACGUGCAAGUUUUGCGUGAGGUAGCACACUCCGAUGGUUGGAACGGAAAGCCAUACGACGAAGGAAAAGUCUUGACAUCAGCCACGAAUAUCCGAGGAAACGAAGCCGGCAUUAUCGAUCAUCAUUUGGCUAUUCGGUCCUAUUGUUAUCACAACUUCCCUCUAAUUUUAGCUAAAAUCUCGAAUUUAGUAGAGUUCACUGUUAAUUGCACAAGAUAUGAUCUAAGGACAUUUUGCUUGCUAUUCCAAAUCACAUGCUUGUUGUUACUUGAUAAAAGGUUGUCUCUUGAAAGCACGCUACAAGAUCAAAUCCUGUCCUUCCUUGAGAGACUCUUCCGGUGGUUCAUUGACCACAACUCAAACAAGAUUGAAGCCGACAAUAAGGAUUUCACUGAACAAGAGUUUAAAUCCGUGCACAACGUGAUUCACCGGACCUCAAAAAACCAUCCAGAACUCACGUUCCGUAUUCUUCACAAAAUCGUCAUUUCACUUGGUUCUAGUGAGUUUAAAGUCCGAAAUCUUUCAAAAUGGUUGGUUAUUUCGCAUAUCAAUGAUCAGGUACAAUUUGAGUACUGUUCCUUGUUUCCACCUCCCAGCAGGUCUAUACCGAAGCCGGAACCAAUGGAAACACAAUACCUCUACCUGGUUCUUCCCUUUAUCAGCGCCUUACUCCAGCCUCCAUCCGCUUCAGCCGAGCAGCUUACAUCCUCCCAGCGGUUGAAGUGCCUCCUCACUGCCCGGUACAAGUUUAUCCUUAUGCUUCCCUUGCUUAUAAAAGUAUACAAGUUACCAACGGCUGAUCUUAGAAAUAUCACAACCCAGUUGGAUGCAUGUUUCGCUAACGGUGACUCAAAUUCCAUCUUCUAUAUACUAGGGGGAGGUAUGUGGCUUGGGGAGGUUACCAAUUGCAAGAUUUGGGUAAGAUGUGUGAAACAGUUGCUUGAAGUCGAAUUGCUGGGAAGAAAGGUUAUUGCGUUUGAUAUCUAUGAUUAAGUCUAGACUACGGUCAAUAAGAUACAAUCGAUGAAUACAAGUAUACACCGUUUUAAUCCAGGUAAG